GAUGAUACGAGAAGCAGAGAAAGGAUUGGAGGAGGACUUCAAACUCGGGCAUUUCAGUUCAUGGAGACGGGCAUUUGGGAAAAUCCGGACAUGCUAGAACUUUUUGUCUGUAAGACAAAAUUCUAGAGAUAGAAAGGGUGAACUUUUUUCCUCCCACUCGUAGUGAGAGAAAAGGAGAGUUUUGGAUGGAGGGUUUGCCCUCUCAUCUUCGUCUUCGUCUUCCUGCUUUGAGCACGAACAGGUGCCAAAUAGCAUAGACCCAAUAAAUCCUUUGACUCAAACCCCCCUUCCCAAAGGUCUUUCUUUUGGUGGGGACAGAAAGAAAUGGAGGAGGAUGAGUUUGGAGGGGCGCAGCGGAAGCAAUUCCACAGGCAGGAGGCGAUAUCGGCAGUCGCCGACGAAGGGUUCUUAGGGGAUGAAGAUGAUGAGUACGACGACCUCUACAACGAUGUAAACGUUGGUGAGGGAUUUCAUCAGACCCUGCAGAGGAGCGAGUUGGGGUUCAAUAAUGAGAACGAGGGGAAGAAGAUGGAGGUGGUGGCCGAAUCCCGGAAGAAGGAGGAGGAGGUCAUCGUGCCGCCGGGCUUAGUUCAGAUGGGUGGCGGUGGUGGGAUUGGGAUGGAGGAGGCAAGGAGUGGAUUGAACACCUCUGCUUCUUCUAGGCCUCCUGAUAAGUUCGGGCAGUACACGGAGCCUAGGUUGGAUAGGCCGGAUGCGCAGGUCGGGAGCUUAGGGUUUAGAGGUGGUGGGGAUGCGCCGUCGAAGGGCUCAGCUGUCGUCGGUGGCAUCGGAGUCGAUUUCAGGCAGUCGGGGAUGGGUGGGCAGGUUGCUGGUAAUCCUGAUGAGGUGAACAGAGUUGAUACUUCGGUCAGGCAAGCUGGUGGCUUUGGUAGGGGUAACACUGGCGCAAUUGUUGUUGGUGGUGGUGGUGGCCCUCCUGCUGCAGGUGGUGGUAUGGGCGUUCUUGGUGGCGGCAGCAGUAAUGCUUCUGCUGCUUCUGCGUAUAGUGGGAUGGUUCUCUUUAUUGGCGACCUGCAUUGGUGGACUACAGAUGCUGAUCUAGAGAGUGAGAUGUCUAAGUAUGGGCAGGUGAAGGAAGUCAAGUUCUACGAGGAGAAGGCAAGCGGCAAAUCAAAGGGGUUUGCUCAGGCUGAGUUCUACGACCCCGCUGCUUUAGUUGCUUGCCAGGAGGGGAUGAACGGCCAUGUGUUCAAUGGGCGGCCAUGUGUUGUGGCCAUUACUUCUCCGAAUAACGUGAGGAGGAUGGGAGAAGCUCAGAUGAACAAGAAUCAGGCAAACCAAGGGUUCCAGCAGGCACAGGGGAGGAGGGGGCCAGGAGAUGCCGGUGGUAGGGGUGCUGGGGGCAUUGCUGGUAAUGCGAAUUACCAGGGAGGUGACAGUGGAAGAAACGUUGGGAAGAUGGGAUGGGGAAGGGGUGGUCAGGGGAUGAUGGGUAGAGGACAAAGCGGACCUAUGAAGAGUAGGGUUGGUGCUGGGGGGAGAGGUGUGCUUUCGAAUGGUGGAAUGGGUAACAAUGGUGGGGCAGGUCUCUUUGGUCAGGGCCUUGCGACCCCUCCGCUGAUGCAUCCACAAGCAAUGAUGGGUCAAGGUUUUGAUCCCACCUACGGAGCACCUAUGGGAAGAGUAGGUGGUUAUGGCGGGUAUCCUGGAGCUGCACCUCCAUACACUGGGAUUUUGCCCUCCUUUCCACCUGUUGGGUCGAUGCCUCUUCCAGGAGUUGCUGCACAUGUGAAUCCUGCUUUCUUUGGUCGAGGGAUGUCGACUAAUGGAAUGGGAAUGAUGCCCACAGGUGCUGUAGAUGGAAAUGCCACUGGGCUUUGGCCAGAUCCAAAUAUGGCUGGAUGGGGAGGAGACGAAUAUGGAGGUAGGACAGGGGAAACAAGCUAUGGAGAAGAUGCUGCAUCGGAUCAUGGUUAUGGUGACAAUGUAAGCCAUGAAAGAGCUGCAAGGUCCAGUGGGGUGCGGGAGAAAGACAGGAGUUCCGACAGGGAUUAUGCUGGAAGUUCUGAAAGAAGGUACCGAGAUGACAGAGAUGCAGGAUGGCAAAGGGAAAAAGAGGCUGGGCGCGAUCAAGAAUGGGCAGAGAGAAGACAUCAUGAUGAUAGGGACAGGGAUCGGGAUCGAGAUAGAGAUCGUGAUCGGGAUAGGGAACGAGAGAGAGAACGAGAAAGGGAAAGGGAACGUGACCGGUACAAAGAUGAAAGAGAAAAGUAUGCAGACCAUCAUAAGCACAGGGAUCGUGAAUGGGAGAAUGAAGAGGACUGGGACAGAGGACGGUCUUCAAGAUCUCAUAGCAGGUCACGCCUGUUGCAAGAGGAAGAGCAGCGAUCUAGGCCACGCGAUGCUGACUAUGGGAAGAGACGUAGAGAAUGAUGAAUUCGUGUUCUUCUGUCCACGUUCUCUAGUUGUAGAACUUCAUCUUGGCAUUCUAACAUGCUAGGAUUUGUUGAAUUUGCUUGCAGAAAAUUGACAUCUGGCUAAAUUGGUGAAGUUUAGUGCUCUUUGUAUGACAGCUAAAGCCUAUGUUUUGUUUCCUUAACUAGUUAACUUUUUUUUUUUCCAUAUUUUCUUCUUUCCUUUGUUUCCCCUUCUUUGUUGUUCAAACUCAUAACUGUAGAACUGAAACAUUUGUUGUUUGAUUAAGGCAGCAUUGGAAUCAAGUAAAUUUGAGUUAUUUA